AUGGAGGAAACGGCGAACUACGCCGUUGCAGAGCCCCAUGAGGGAUCGCUGUUGAAGUCGAUCACUUUUGCUGUCGCCAUGUCGUUUCACUCCAUUUUGGAAGGUUUUGCCCUCGGUGUGCAGGUGAAGUUUCAAACCUACUUUAUCUUGAGAUAUUCUGAGUGAAA